AUGAAGGGAUGUGCUGAUUUGGCCGUCUACGUUGACGACAUCGGUUUUGCCGAGGCCGAGUUGGACGCGUACACGCGUAUUCUUGAGGUGUUGCGCGGCCGCGCUUGCUGGUACUGUCAGAUCGUCGCCACGCCGCUCGCCCGUGCAGUCACAGAUUGGAAGGGCCAGCAAGCACCUGGCAGAACCCGAGGCGCCAAACGGGCCGCUGCCCCCGUCGCCACAAACAUCAUUGGAAUGCUGAUGGUGUUCUUGCUGCUCGGAAUGGCCACUGCAACCUCCAAUCGUGCCUGUUGGUACUGUGAGCUAGUCGGGACGCCGCUGGCCCGUGCGUUGAGCGACUGGAAGGAGAAGCAGGAACCAGGGACACCCCGUAUUCAGGUAGCCACCGAGGUGCCGGGCCGCACGAAGAAGGACUGCAUCAAACGAUUCAAAUACGUCGCGCAGCUCAUCAAAAAUCAGAAGAAA